UGAAGCAUUUUCAUGGUUUAUCUUCAUCUGGGCAACCUAAAAAUACCAAAACGCUGGACUUGUCAUUUUACGAGAGGUAUGGAUUAUGUCAAGAUAAGAAGACACCAUUUCUACACAACGCUAAGAAUGAUUAAAAUGAGAGAAAUCGGCAUUAAUAUUGCUAGCCAGUCUUUCUUAAACUCGAAAUAUUACAGACACUUUCAAUUCUAUAAAAAAAUAAAUCAAACUCAACAUUUUUUAGAUGAGCACGGCGCCAUCUUUAACCUAGAAUUCUCACCAAGUGGCAACGUCUUGCUAGCCGCUGGUGAAGAAGCCAGUAUAGUUUUCGUGGACCCGAAGACAAAAAAGCACAUAAAUAUUAUAUCUUUCGCACAUAACGAUAGCGUAAAGUGCAUUUGCUUUUGCGAUGAGAGGAUAUUUGCGAGCGGAUCAGACGAUUGUAAUCUCGCCUUGUGGGACAUGCGAAUGUUAGAUAAUUGUAUAACAACGUUUAGCGGCCACACAGACUCGGUGAGAAGCUUGGUUUAUGAUGAGAAUUCCGGUUACCUUGUAAGUGCUGCUUUUGACGGCACUGUACGCACAUGGGAUACAAACAGUUUGAAUGAGGAUUCAAAAAUUGUAUAUGAAGGUGAUUUGAGUAGUUUAUAUUGUGCUGGUGUGAGCCCCGAUGGUAAUACAAUGGUGAUAACGUGUGGUUUCAUCGGUGUGAUCCGCAAUCUUGAUUUAAGAGCCAUAGAAAACAUUCAACUUUAUGACAAGCCAAUGACAGAAUGUAUUGAGGGUGUUGUUGAUGAUAGACUAAAUUUCUUUGAGGUUUUUUAUCCAGAUUAUGAUUAUCCAAUGAAUCCCAUGCAUGUUGUUUCGAUGCAAUUUCAUCCACAUGGUAAAUGCUUUGCCUGUCAAUUUAUCGCUAAGAACAGUCUCGAUUAUACAGCCAUCUAUGAUGUUCAAAGUUGUCAAGGUAGAGGAAAAAGAUUUAGUCACUACAUCCAGGAAUUUGAUUCGGCAGAAGGAUAUAUGGUACAACAAAGUUUUAGUGCUGAUGGUCGGAUACUAGCUUCACCUUAUGCACAAUGUGUAAGGCUUCUUGCUUUCAAUUCUACUUGUUCGAUGUGGAUGAAAGAAUCCCAUCCAAAAACCCUUCAAGAAGUAAAAAUAGUGUUUGGCCAUUCACAUCAUGUAGUUUGCUGCAAAUUUUCACCUUCUGAAUUGUUGCUUGCUAGUGGUUGUCUUGGAGGAGACAUCUUGUUUCAUGAACCGAAAUUGUGAUUGAACAUGUGUGCCCCCAAAAAUUAAUUGAAAAAUAAUCGUACCAAUGAAUAUAGUAAUUUCCACUAGGAAAAGCUGUUAAGAUAGAAAAAAAUAUGAACGGAAAAAGUUACCUUACUAGUUUACUUAAUUUAAAUAAAUAUAAGAUACACGUCUCUUGCAACAUUAAUUCACGUUAAAUUUAUUCAAUUCUGGCGACGACAUGGCGAUUUCAUUCUUCAGUUGUUCGUCUUAGCGCAACUCAUUAACCAUUCCUCAACUUGUCGUUGUCAAUAAUGUAUUAACAUUUGGAUUCUGCUCUGAAAAAUUAACCUAAAAAUAUUAUAAGAUUACUACUUGACCAUCAAAACCCCCAUGGGGGACCAUUGCCCGAGGGUCAGUUUCACCAAGCCUGGUUAGAAGGUUACUACUUGCCCAUGUAAACCCCUAGGGGCCAGUUUACCGAGGGUUGGUUGCACUAAGAUUGGUUAGAAGGUUACUACUAGUCCAUGUUGGCUUUAUUCAUUAAAAUGUAUAUUUUCCUUAA